AUGUUUGGUUCUUCUCUAACUUCUAAAUCCGUUCUCGGAUCCACCAAACCCGGUUCGCUUCCAUCGGAGCUCCGUCGUCUCUUCUCCCGCCGUUCAGUUCUCAAUCCGAACCCAAUCCAGGAAAAACUUCCAGUCCAACAUUACAUUAAGGAGAGAUUGAAAGUAAAAAGCUUUACGAAGAUACAAGCCACUGGAAGCUCAUAUGGGACUCAUUUUCGAGUUACUACUUUUGGUGAAUCACAUGGAGGAGGAGUUGGUUGUAUAAUUGAUGGAUGUCCUCCUCGGAUUCCACUCUCUGAAUCCGAUAUGCAAUUCAAUCUUGAUCGGAGGUAUUAUAAGGAAGAAAGGAGACCUGGUCAGAGCCGGAUCACGACUCCUAGAAAAGAGGCUGGUACUUGCCGGAUAUCUUCUGGGGUCUCCGAAGGAAUGACGACAGGAACAUCCAUCCAUGUGGUUGUGCCAAACACAGAUCAGAGAGGACUUGAUUACAGUGAAAUGUCGGUAGCCUAUAGGCCAUCGCAUGCUGAUGCAACUUAUGACAUGAAGUAUGGUGUCAGAUCAGUACAGGGUUUUUAUGUAGUCCAAAAGCAGCGUGCAUCUUCGCUUACUCUAAGUGUGAUUCUUUUUAAGGGUGGUGGGAGAUCUUCAGCUAGAGAGACCAUUGGAAGAGUUGCUCCUGGUGCUUUGGCCAAGAAAAUUUUGAAGCAAUAUGCAGGGACUGAGAUUCUUGCCUAUGUCUCACAAGUCCACCAGGUUGUACUUCCAGAGGAAUUGGUGGACCACGAGAAUUUGAAACUCAAACAGAUAGAAAGUAACAUUGUCAGAUGCCCUAAUCCCGAGUAUGCAGAAAAGAUGAUAGCUGCAAUUGAUGCUGUCAGGACAAAAGGGAACUCUGUUGGCGGUGUUGGGCUUGGUACACCUGUUUUCGAUAAACUGGGGGAAGAACUGGCAAAAGCUUGUAUGUCCUUACCUGCAACAAAGGGCUUUGAGUUUGGAAGCGGCUUCGCAGGUACGUUUAUGACUGGUCUUGAACACAAUGACGAGUUCUAUACCGAUGAAAAUGGAAGAGUACGGACUAGAACAAACCGAUCUGGUGGAAUUCAGGGAGGGAUAUCGAAUGGUGAGAUAAUAAACAUGAGAAUAGCCUUCAAGCCAACAUCUACAACUGGAAGGAAGCAGAAUACUGUAACCCGAGAUAAGAAAGAAACCGAAAUGAUUGCACGUGGCCGUCAUGAUCCUUGUUUUGUUCCACGAGGAAUGACGACAGGAACAUCCAUCCAUGUGGUUGUGCCAAACACAGAUCAGAGAGGACUUGAUUACAGUGAAAUGUCGGUAGCCUAUAGGCCAUCGCAUGCUGAUGCAACUUAUGACAUGAAGUAUGGUGUCAGAUCAGUACAGGGUUUUUAUGUAGUCCAAAAGCAGCGUGCAUCUUCGCUUACUCUAAGUGUGAUUCUUUUUAAGGGUGGUGGGAGAUCUUCAGCUAGAGAGACCAUUGGAAGAGUUGCUCCUGGUGCUUUGGCCAAGAAAAUUUUGAAGCAAUAUGCAGGGACUGAGAUUCUUGCCUAUGUCUCACAAGUCCACCAGGUUGUACUUCCAGAGGAAUUGGUGGACCACGAGAAUUUGAAACUCAAACAGAUAGAAAGUAACAUUGUCAGAUGCCCUAAUCCCGAGUAUGCAGAAAAGAUGAUAGCUGCAAUUGAUGCUGUCAGGACAAAAGGGAACUCUGUUGGCGGUGUUGGGCUUGGUACACCUGUUUUCGAUAAACUGGGGGAAGAACUGGCAAAAGCUUGUAUGUCCUUACCUGCAACAAAGGGCUUUGAGUUUGGAAGCGGCUUCGCAGGUACGUUUAUGACUGGUCUUGAACACAAUGACGAGUUCUAUACCGAUGAAAAUGGAAGAGUACGGACUAGAACAAACCGAUCUGGUGGAAUUCAGGGAGGGAUAUCGAAUGGUGAGAUAAUAAACAUGAGAAUAGCCUUCAAGCCAACAUCUACAAUUGGAAGGAAGCAGAAUACUGUAACCCGAGAUAAGAAAGAAACCGAAAUGAUUGCACGUGGCCGUCAUGAUCCUUGUKUUGUUCCACGAGCUGUGCCAAUGGUGGAAGCAAUGGUGGCGUUAGUUCUUGUUGAUCAAUUGAUGGCGCAAUACGCASAGUGUCAUUUGUUCCCGAUAAAUCCAGAGCUGCAGGAACCUCUUCAGACAACUUCUCCAGUCGAGCUCGAGCAGCUGCAAAAUGCUGCAGCUUUGUAA